AUGAAAAUUACAUCGAAUACCCUUCCGAUUGCAAUGAUUCUGAUGUACGUGAUCAUCUUUAUCAAAAUUAGACACACCAGUCAUGGUGGCGGCAGAAGCGAGGUAGCCCGACUGAAGCAGGAGAUCAAAUAUCUCGUUCAGACAGUAUUGAUAAGCCUUCUGAUCGUCGUGGAAAUGGUGGCCUUCAUUACGGUGCCCUUCAUAGGAGUAACCGGCUAUGGUCAAUUCUACUUGAACAUUCUGUUAAAUCUUAUCAUUAUUUCCAAUAACCUCAUUUCUCCAAUUGUUAUAUUUGCCUUCAAUUCGGAGGUUCGACAGAGAAUGCCUUGGGCUGUUCUUUAUCGGAAGAAUACUACUAUCCAUGCACCUACCACGCUGUUCUGA